AUGGAGGCAAGAUCAAACAACCUGAAUGAACAUUCUUCACAUGUUUGCUGUAAUGUCACAACAGGUGAUCCAAGCAACGAAAGCAAAUUGAUCACUGCAUCAAAUACAUCUUUACUGAUUACAGCUGAUGGAUCACAGCAAGAUGAGCGAAGUGACACGUGGGAACAAUCGGUACUGGAACAUACUGAGUAUUCUUCGAUGCAGAACGAUCUAAACAGAGAGAAUACGAAUAAUGAAUACGAAACAAAUGCAGUCCAUCCAUCGUUGACGGAGUUUUUUCAGAAUUCUCGAAUUGAUGCAUUUGGUUUCAUACACAGUCUCAACAAUAUAAAUCGUGAAUCUGCAAUAGACUUGGAGACGCUGCGAAAACGUGAAAAAAAAUGGUUGCAUAUGCUUACAAAUUGGUCAUAUUUUAUGGAUAAUAAGUAUGAAAAAGUAAGGGAACGUUGCCGCAAAGGUAUACCGCCGUCAUUGCGUGGUCGAGCUUGGAAACACUUAUGCGGCGCUGCAUUCCAUAUGGAAUUUAGCGUGAAUAAACAUGUUUUCGAGGAAGUAAGUAGUCAACCGGGUGACUCUCGAUGGAUUGAAGAUAUUAAGAAAGAUUUAAAUCGGCAAUUUCCGGAGCAUGUGAUGUUUUCUCGUGCUGGUCCAUAUGGAAAAGGAGGAAAAUCAGAUUUGUUCGAAUUACUUAAGGCAUAUACGGUACUACAUCCUGAGGAAGGUUACUGUCAAGGACAAGCUCCUGUUGCUGCUGUUUUGCUUAUGCACAUGCCACUGCGUGAUGCUUUUUAUUGCUUUGUACAAAUUUGUCACAAAUAUUUGCCGGGUUACUACAGUGCCGGUCUUGAGGCUAUACAAAUCGAUGGUGAUAUUUUAUUUCAAGUGCUGAAAGACAAAUCACGCUUUAGUUAUAGGCAUUUGAAAAAACAUCGCGUUGAACCAGUACUUUAUAUGGUUGAAUGGUUUAUGUGUAUUUUUUGCCGAACUCUUCCGUGGCCAACAGUACUUCGAGUGUGGGAUAUGUUUUUUUGCGAAGGCGUUAAAGUACUUUUCAAGGUAGCAGUGGUUUUGUUUCGCUACAGCCUUCGCACAAGUGACCAGCUUAGAGAGUUUAACGACUUCCAUUCAAUUGUGACACGGCUGAAGAACCUUCCUGAAAAGAUAAUGACUGAAGAUUUUCUUAUUCAAAAGGUUAUUGACCUCGACUUGGACGAUGUUGAAAUGGAGAGGAUUCAUUUUAGAAUUAUGAAAACCAGACAACUGCGGAUGAAUCAAUCAUAUGGAAAUGACAAACUUCUCUGCUAUUGA